AUGUGGUUGCAGGAUCGUUCGCUCGACGUGCGGUGGCCGCGGCCCGAGCUGGCUCUGGAGCCGUCGCACAUCCAGACGUUCCCCUCGCAGCCCGUGUCGGCCGCCGUGCAGUUCGCGCGCACAGCCUGCGCACCCGCCACCGGCUUCGACUUCCCUGACCUCUGGCUGCAGCUGCUCUUCUGCGGACACACCAAGCAGAACUGCCACGUGGCCAACGUAACGCGCACACAGGUGCUGUUCCGGCGGCAGGUGAAGGGCUACCCCGAGCGCGUGCUGCUGACGCUGGCGUGCGACCUGUUCGGCAUCGCGGGCUACUACGCGCUCACACUCACCGAGGCCGCCAAGUCCGGCAUACAGCUCCUCGUUGGCGAUCCUGCUUAUCUUAAGGCGGCGUGGAGCGACCAGUUCGUGUUCAACGUGCACGCGCGGAGCGUCUUCCCGUGCGAGGACGGCGUGUCGGUGCUGUUCCAGUACCCGGAGUGCAUCCUCGCGUCGGCGGACCGCAUCCGCGUGUUCGCGCGUCUGCGCGCGGACGUGGCGUCCGUGGCGCCGCCGUCUACGCUGGUGUACGCGGCCGAGGCGCGCGUGACGCGCGGCCAGCACGCGCUGCGCUUCCCCUGCUCCGUCUUCUCUGAGCGCUACGUGGAGUACUGCUUCGUCUACGUCAGCCAGGCCGUCACCGGCGCCGUCUCCGACCUGCGCGUCGACUGCGUGCCCACCAUGCCCGUGUCUGAGGGCGAGGCCGGCAACUGGGGAGCGUGGAGCGCAUGGUCAGCCUGCUCCGCGACGUGCGCCGGAUCGCGCAACCGCUACCGCAUCUGCGACAACCCGCCGCCCAGAUACGGCGCCAAGUUCUGCCAGGGCCGCGGCUACGAGUCGGAGUCGUGCGGCGCGGAGGACUGCGCGGACGGCGCGCUGGAGCCGGGCCCGGGCUGCCGCUGCGGCGGCUGCCAGCUGCGCGUGCGCGACGGCGCCACCGCCAGACUCGCAGCCUCCUCCACCAGCUGCCCUGGCCGCAGCCUCUGGCUGCUGCAGGCGGACGACGGCUGGGUGCUGAAGCUGACGUUCGAGCACGUGGUGCUGCCGUGCGGCUCGCACUGGCUCAAGGUGCGCGACGGCGACUCGCUGUCGGCGACGCUGCUGGCGCAGCUGAGUGGCCGCCCGCACGUGCCGCUCACCGUCAUCUCGGAGGGGCCCUUCCUGCUCAUCGAGUUCUUCUCCGACGUGCCGCUCGCUGUGCUGGGCUGCAGCGGCAGCUUCGUCGCUCGCGCCACUCCCCUCUCUUCCGGCAACGAGACGGGCGUCGCCGUGGCGGGAGCGGCGGCGUCGCAGGCGGCGGCUGCGGGGUCGGCGGGAGAGGCGGGCGCGGGGGCGGCGGGGGCGUACGUGCUGCGCUACCGCCAGUACCGGCUGGCCGUGCAGCGGAAGCCCGCCUCGGCCUGCUCGCUGCUCGGCUCGACGCUGACGCUGCUGUCCGACGUGGUGUCGCUGCGCCGCUCGCACCGCCGCCUGCCCGACUGCGAGCCCGACGACGACCACACCGACAAUGAAUACGAAGUAAUUGAACCACUGCAGCCAGACGUUAAAGACUUUAAAACUGCUUCUGUGAAGAGCUGUGGAAGCAGCGAGAAAGCGGAAAAGAAUUCCAGAUCAUCGGCUGAAGUUGCUGUCGUCAAGCCAACAUCGUCAAGAGCGAGUGGACCUCCAGCCACGAGCGCAGCUUCCUCUAAUGGACUCAGCUCUAACAACAGCGACAAGUUAACCAGCGAACGGAGAAACCAGCGGAAACGUCUCGACACCGACGUGACUGCAGCCCGCAGUGCACCAGCAAGGAUACCUGUGGCCACCGCCGAGGAUUCUCUGUCCCAGUCCGAAGAGAUCGUGAGCUCUCCCAAGGCACGGAAAGACCUGACUAACCGUGAAUGUCAGCUCGCUGGAUCAGAGUUCAGUCUGUCCGGGCCAGACCACGACCUGGAGCUGGACUACUACGACUACAACGUCACAAACGCUGGAGGCAUUCCAGGCUCCCUCCUUGGCAUGGACCCCGCCUACCUACUGUGGAUACCACCUUUCGCCCCAGGAUGUUGGGAGGAGGAAGGUGACAAUUUACUUUCAUACAGCAAUCAGCCAGAGCUUCAAUCACAGCAUGAGCUGCAUGUGUUCCCACUCAAAGGAGAGUACUACACACAAGUACCUCCAUCAGUGUGCAAGGACCAGCAGGUUAAGGAUGAAGUGACAACAUUUUGUUCAACAGAUGUAGACAAACUCAUGGACAACAAGACUGCAUCUACAGGCAACAUCAGUACUAAAGAUCAAAAAACAGACACAAAUAAUGCCGCUAAUACUAUUAGACUUUCAGACAGUAUGUCAAAGUUAAUAGGCCCCUUGCAUCAUCAGGAGUAUAGCAAAGUUGGAAGUCUUGGUCAUGUCAUGAAUGUCAGAUCCAAAGAGGAUGUAAUGUUGAAGGAAUUUUCUAAGAAAUCUGAGUCACCAGUCAAAGUGCAUCAAAUAUGUAGUGUCAACAGUAAGGAAAGCACACUGAAAAAGCUUUCUUCUGCACAUGCAGAUAUACUAGACAAUAUUCAGUUUGCAGAUGAAGAUGAAGAAGAUGAAAGUAAAUGUGAUUCCCUGAUUAUAUGAUAAGUGUAUUGUUCAUGGAGAUGUUACCAAAGUGUCCUAUUUUAGGUAAAGUGACCCAGUAAGUAGAGUUGCUUGUUUUACAAAUAUUUUUCUUGGAAACAGAUGAACCACAAUAUACAUCUUGUUGUUAUAUUCAUAUCUCAAGGACAAAACCAGUGUCAAUAAAUCAGACAAAUGUAAAUGUUUCAU